CGGCAGCUGAUGCUGAUGUUUGAUAGCAACAUGGCGUAGGUAGCUGUUGUGAUUGUUUUGCAUCCUCAGAAACAAAACGCUUGCGGUGAGCAUCUUUUAGAAUAACACGGAUGGAGACGUUAUUUGGCCCAGACCGUGGUCGAGGGGAUUCCGACUCUUUGUUAUGGCUCCCCCCUGAAGCAGCAGAAGGCAACAUUGAAUACAAGUUGAAAUUGGUGAGCCCUUCACAGAGCCGCCUCGAGCAUCUUGUUACACAGAUGAAGUGGAGGCUUCGUGAAGGGCAGGGCGAAGCAAUCUACAAGAUUGGCGUCGAAGAUGGCGGCCUUCUCGUGGGCCUCACGCAGCAUGAGCUCCAGGCUUCCCUCAACACCCUGUAUAGUAUGGCGGAUAAGCUCGGAGCCACACUGACUGUCCUUCGGGAGAGGACAGUCAGCCGCGAGGACGAAGUGCCAGAGCGCAAAGCAGCCGAAGUGUUAGUGCGCAAAGUGCCGGAGGACCAGCAGACGAUAGAAAUUCGUGUGGCAGUUCUUGGCAGCGUCGAUGUCGGAAAGAGCACUGUCUUGGGAGUGCUCACACAAGGAGAGCUUGACAACGGGCGAGGCAGUGCACGGUUAAACCUCUUCAGGCAUCUUCAUGAAAUUCAAACGGGCCACACAUCUAGCAUCAGUCGCGAGAUCCUGGGUUUCAGCUCCCAGGGACAGCCAGUGACGUAUCGCCAUUGUCGAACAACCGAAGAAAUGUGCGACAUCUCGACCAAACUGAUCACUUUCAUUGACUUAGCGGGCCAUCAAAAAUAUCUGCGGACCACUGUGUUUGGACUUACAGGGCACUCCCCACACUUUGUAAUGCUGGUUGUGAAUGCUGCAAGUGGCAUGACGGGCACUGGACGAGAUCAUCUGGCGCUCGCACUCGCCCUGCAGGUGCCGCUAGCUGUGGUUGUGAACAAAGUGGACACUGUCACCACGGCAGUCUUGGCUCGCACCUUGACUCAGCUCUACACAUUUCUCAAGGGGCCCACUUGCAAGAAGGUUCCGAUGGAAGUGUUGAACGAAGAUGACGCCUUAACAGCAGCCUCCAGCAUGGUGUCGGAGAACGUGGUUCCGGUAUUCCUCGUAUCGUGCGUACACGGAGAUGGACUCAACCUGCUCUACACGUUCCUCAACGUGCUUCCUCCUGGGCACACUCCCAAAGAGCGUGAUUACUUGAUGCAGUUAGACCCAGAGUUUCAGAUUGACGAGACCUUUCAAGUACCCGACGUGGGGCCUGUAGCCGGUGGUUUGCUCACUCGAGGUGUGCUGCGUGAAGACGAUAAUCUCUUAGCCGGCCCUGCACAUGACGGGGCCUUCUAUCCAAUCAGGGUUUUAUCUGUCCAACGCAACAGGGUUCCAUGUCGUUUAGUGCGCGCGGGAGAGAGUGCCACACUAGCACUGGAUAUUGGUGACGCUCCUCCUGGCUUGUUGCGACGGGGCACUGUUCUCUGUCGGCAAGAGUCUCGACCAACGGCAUCUCGACUCUUCAGAGCCCGAAUUCGCCUACUGAGCCAUCCUUUGCAACUGAACAUUGGCUUUCAAGCUAUGGUGCAAGCUGGAAAUGUACAGCAGAUGGCCGUAGUUGUUGGAAUCAGGGGACGACCACCAAGUUUAGUGGCUGGCGAGCAGGGCGUCGUGCUCUUCAAAUUCCUUCGCCACCCGGAGUGCUUACGGCCAGGAGCACGUCUGCUUUUCCACCAGGGUCCAGCACGAGGCAUUGGAAGAGUCUUACAGGCCUUUCCUCUCCAAGUAGCUCCACACUGACUCUUCCCUCUGACACUUCACUUUGCAUCAUUCUGGUGCCACACAUGUUGCGUGUUUCUGCGGCACGCGCACGUUUUCAGUGCCGUGCGUGCCAAUAGCAACAACCCCCAGUUGGCGCUGUACAUUGUCGAGCCCGAGAGCCGUAGCUUCCGUAGAAGCCAAGCCAAGACCAGUCAGUAUAGCAUCUUUCAACAAUGGCCUGCAAAACAUGUUGCUUUCACCAGAGAGGUGAGAUUAACGUAGUAUGCUAAUUCACGUUGCUCGAUCAAAUUUUUUCAUGAUGAACGAGGAGGAUUCUGGAGGUUCCUAGACACUGAGUUGGUUGGUGCUCAAAAAAUAAAAUAAAUUGUAACACCGUGUGUGGUGCAAUGGGGGAUAUCCCCAUUUUUUGACAAACUUGUACCCUAUAGUCAUAAUGGAGUUGAAGCAGCCAAAGACAGGACAGCAGACAACAUGACACAUCUGCUUGUACCCUGCCACACAUCAAACCGAAUGGCAUUCCCAGUGAAUGACAAUUGCAUCGAAUGUUCAUUCAUUUGUCUUACAUCGAGCUGCAUGAAGUGACAGAAUGUCAUUCACAAAUGCUGUUGGUGUCGAUAAUUAGGACACCAGGGUCAAACAUGUAAAGCAUUAUACAGGUACAUUAGUUAUACCUGUAUUUCUUUUGCUCGAAACUGGCGAAACAUUAGAUUAUUUCACAAAAUAUAGUUGCCUUUUCAAAGACACUUAAUUGGCUAAGUACCACAAGCAAAGACAACUAAGAAGCCUAUCUGCAUCACGCUUGGCAACGUGGCGUCUGGGAACGAGGGUAGUUCUACGAAAAACAGUCCUUCAUGUCAAAAGUUAUCAAAUUCAUGAUAAAAUAUUGGGCUACAACUUUUCAUUCAUCUUUCAUUUCUUCGAACGGUUUAUCGUAGUUGUUUUUGCUACCUCUCUACUGCGAGGGUACGCUGUCGGUGCGAUAGGGAAAAGCGAAUGAGUUCCCCGAACUGAUUCGCAUGUGUCGCCAUUGAUUUCACCGUGUGACACGAAACGAAUGUCAUUCUGUCAUUCAGUGCGAAUGUCAUUCACCGGGAAUGACAUUCAAUUUGCCAUGUGACAGGGGUGUCACACAUCUGCUGUCUGUCGUCCUGUCUUUGGCUGCCUGAACUUCACUAUGACUAUCCGAUACAAACUGCCCCAUUUUAACACUAUCAAACAAAAGAAUAGUUAGGAUGAAAGACGUCAUUGGUGUACUUGCACAUUCUUUGUAUAACUCAUUUUACAAGUCUUGUGAUAGGCAGAGUUUUAGCUCUUUUACAUAACGUUUCAUAAAGUUUGUCAGCCAUAAACUGCACUUCAUGUACAGAUCUGAUGUCAUGCUGAAAUCUGUUGUUCAUCACUGUUAUUGCUGGUACGGUGAUGACAAGUUUUUGUUGAUUUUAAAUUUUGUUCUUUUAGUAAUAUUUAGAAUAUUUUAGUACCUGCAUACAAAGUUUUAUUUCAGUUGUUAAUAAGCAGUUGCGACCCACAUGAGAUGGAGCUCCGCUGAGGGAGUAGUACUGCCACUAUGUGACAAUACAUUCAUAUGUCUUGAUGUGUAUGUGUUAUUGGGAGAUCAAUAUUUCUGAGUGACUGUGAGUUAAAAAGCUGUUAUAGUUUACUAGAUUACAAAUUAGUGAAAAUAAAAUUUCAAGGUAAGCAGUGAGUGGCAUGCAAGAAAGUUAGGAAUGACAGAACUACUAUACGGAAGUACUUGAAGAAAGUUAAGGGAAUUUAAUGAUAUUCGAACCUUUCGUUCUCAACUUUUCUAAACUGUUUCCUGGAAUUGUGACCACAGCAGAUGAGUACACAACUAAGCUAGAGCAUAAACUUUGAAAGAAAAGCAUUCUAAGCUUCCAUUGUUGUCCACAGAUUCUUCAACCUGCAUGCAAAGGUUGAGUGAUCGCUAGUUCAUCUUGAGCAAUAAUUCCUUCAGAGAUGGGCACAUCAACUUCUUUGUAGUACGCAUAAGUAUUAACUGAUACUUUAAGAUUAUCUUAUCUACUGUUUGUGUACCGAUGCAGGUGCACGGUCAUUGCAAAAGCAUAUCUGAAGGUGAAAAUAAGGUGCACUUAGUGACUCUCCGAUGAGAGGUUGUCCUCCUCAAAAUGUCUGCCAUCAUCAACUUCUCAGCCCGCAGAGUAGCCUCUUUACGUUCACUAAUCGCUAAUGUUUUUAGAUAAUCAGCGCACUUCUUGCGAGCUUGUUCCCAUAUUUCAAGAAGGUAUUGUUGUAAUCGCAUAAUUCAUGGGGUUUUAUAAAAGCUGACCUGCUUUCAUAUCCCAUCAGCCUGUCUGCCCACUCUAAACAGGUUACCUGGGGCUACUGCUGGGUGCACUGACCAUUGUUCAUUAGGAUGAAUUUCAUGUGGACAACUAAAUCACCGGUGAAAGUGAUCCCGUUAAUGGAGAAAAUGGCGAGCCAAACCUCUUCGAAUUUGAAACUGGAGCAUGCAUGGGGGAUUUCCCAUUGCUGGCUGAUGUUAGGCAGUAUUCAAAACUAGUGGCCUACCAAGCUGUUAAGACACACUGGUGUGAAGCCUUUGCACUUAAGUAAAACGGAUUGAAAAGGAAGCAGUUGAAGAAAAACAGCUUCCAUGCUACUGUCUAGCUCCAUAGUUGUAUUCGUAAAUGUACACUAAUUUAUUGCUAUGAAGAAUACUCUGGGCCAGUAACUAUAAAGGGAGCUAAUGUAUGGUUGCGUGAAGCAAGUGAAAUGCAAGAGGUGAUUGUAAUACUUAGGAAAGAAUUACGGAACCCUCAGUAGGUCGCUGACACUGCUACUCUUCAUGUCGCCUUCAGGGUUCCACCACAGGGAAUAAGUGUGUUGGGACUGAAUGACUGAUAUUGGCAGUUAGCUUCAGAUGGGACUGAGUGUUCAUAUUGUCUUACCAUUUUGGAAUGUUUAGGAGCCUCUGCACCUAGUCAUGAAAAAAUAGCUGCUCGGUGAGCAGAAAAAGUGCUAUAAACAACAGCUUUGAUCUCAUCCAAAGCCAGUUGUAUGCCUUUUUAAUAUCUAAAUUGUAUGUGUUUUAAGAGUAAUAAACAUGUUGAGAUACUGAA